AUAAUUUCACGAGGAAGCGCGGAGCUCCGGAGUCGGAUGCCUUUCUGUGUGGGCUCCCAGCUGGGGAUUAGAUGGUCUCCUGGUCGCUUGUGGUUUUGCGAAGGGAGCGGAUAAAGCUGAUCUUGGACAGCUGAUUAUAUCGUGGGUUGGAGGAGUGGUGUGUGUGUGUGUGUGUGUCUCUCUCUGCGCCCGGGAACACUGAGAGAUUCCGCUGUAGGAUGGCGAGGCUAAGGGAUUGCUCCUGAAUGCCCCCGGGAGCUCUCGGAGAGUUUUUGCUGCAUGGGCCAGACCGGCGCCGCUGCGCCCCGCCACAGCCAGACGGGAUGGUGCUCCGUACCGAGCCCAUCCUACUCAGCCACCGCUCCCUGGGCGAGCCGGGCAGGGGCGGACACUGGCAGGAGCUGCCCCCCGGCUCGUUCCCCGAGCUGCUCAACCUCACCAACUCCACGGACUGCGGCGAGGACAUCCUGCUGUACGGCGAUGUGGAGAAAGUUAUAAUCGGCAUUGUGCUGUCCAUCAUCACGGUGUGGACAGUCGCCGGGAACUCGCUGGUGAUCAUCUCGGUCUGCAUCGUCAAGAAGCUGCGGCAGCCCUCCAACUACCUGGUGGUGUCCCUGGCCGCUGCCGACCUCUCGGUGGCCGUGGCCGUUAUGCCGUUCGUGAUCAUCACCGACUUGGUCGGCGGCGAGUGGCUCUUUGGUAAAGUUUUCUGCAACGUUUUCAUCGCCAUGGAUGUAAUGUGCUGCACAGCUUCGAUCAUGACCCUGUGUGUGAUCAGUGUGGACAGAUACUUGGGAAUAACACGCCCUCUGACAUACCCGGUCAGACAGAACGGGACAUCAAUGGCCAAGAUGGUGAUCACAGUUUGGCUCCUUUCAGCAUCCAUAACACUCCCGCCAUUGUUUGGUUGGGCCAAAAAUGUCACGGUGGACCGGAUGUGUCUCAUCAGCCAGGACUUUGGCUACACAGUCUAUUCCACAGGAGUGGCGUUCUAUAUUCCCAUGACCGUCAUGCUAAUUAUGUAUUACCGGAUAUACAAAGCUGCUAAAGUAAGUGCGGAAAAGCACAAGUUCAUGAGCAUCCCUCGUCAAUUUGAACAGGAUGGAGUCUACAACAUGGAGGAGGAUAUUCGAUCUCACCAUGCCACCAAGAGGUUCAAGGCUGCAGAGGAGUGUGCCACCUUAUCUAAGCUCCUCAGGCACGACCGCAAGAACAUUUCUAUCUUCAAGAGAGAGCAAAAGGCUGCCCGGACCUUGGGAAUCAUAGUCGGAGCUUUCACGUUCUGCUGGCUCCCUUUCUUCCUGCUCUCCGCCGCUCGGCCCUUCAUUUGUGGGAUCGAAUGCAGUUGCAUGCCUCUGAGGUUGGAGAGAACGUUGCUGUGGUUGGGAUACACCAACUCCCUCAUCAACCCACUCAUCUACGCCUUUUUCAACCGAGACCUGAGGACUACUUUCUGGAGUCUGUUGCGUUGCAAGUACAGAAACAUCAACAGGAGGCUUUCAGCGGCCAGCAUGCAUGAGGCUCUCAAGGCCACUGAAAGACACGAUUGCAUAUUGUAAUUUCAACCCCAAUCUUCGCACAGUAGAGAUUUAGUAGCCAGCCCAAGAAAGAGCCUGCUUGGAAGAAAAAUCAGGAUGAGAUGCUUCUCCGGGAGACAUUAUGAAAUAUUUGAUCCCCUAUUGAGGCAGACCUGUGCAGAAUGAAACAGCAAUUAUUUCCAUGAGUCAUCCAAGCAAUGUCAGGCAUUGAGAGAGCCGAGCCAAUGUUUUUACACCAAAAAUUGGCCAAGUGAAUUGAACUGGGUGACAGUCAAGAAAGUGUAAUCGCACCAAAAAGGCAUCUGAGGAUUGAGGGGAAGUGCAAUCAGGACUCUAAGGAGAAGAACUGAUCACUAGGCGGAAGGAAAAUGUGGAGCUCAAAAUCAGCGACUGAGUGAAUCAGCCAAUUGCUUUAGAACACAUUGCAAAAAAACAAAAUUGUUCUAAACUGCCAACAAAUUAUCAAGGACGUUGACUUGUAAAGAAUGUGAAACUGAAUGAUUAAGAAAAAUGGCUUAGAAAGCAACUGAAAUCAGGAGGGCAACGUGAAAACCUAACUGUUGAACUAAGCUGAUAGUUUUCUUUUUGGACUUUGUAAUGUCCUAAAAUACAAAACCAGGAUGCCUUGUAUUAACAAAAUAUAGAUUUAUUUAUGAAAAGUGAUCAAAACCAUAAAAGUUAGAACAUAGCCUUAUGGACAAAUUUGUUGCAUUCCAAGAUGUUAGGGUCUUGGACUCAGAUGCCAUUGAAUAUUUACUAUUGAAAAAAAUUGAUGUUAGUAUCUACUUUUGUUUAGCUAUUCACAGUCACAAAAAUGAUGACCAGUAUGUCAAGGCAAUGUAUAUUUUGCUGUGCUUUUUUAAUGUUUCCACACAGAAACGUUGGAUACCAUAGGAGCAUACACUGUGCUAUCAGAUCCUCGCUAAAGCUUUGGCCACCGUUAGUACAUUACAAAGCUUUAGGAGACAUUGCAUCUGCAUGAGCAUAGGUUUAGAAACUAACUGAAACUGUCCAUUGGACAGGAAAGACAAACAUUCACAUUGUACUUUUCAUAACCUCAGGAAAUCUCAACACGCUUUAUAGCCCGUCAAGUACUUUUCAGUGUUGUAACGCAGAAGUGUAGCAGCCAAAUUGCUGUGUAAACAUGCUAAAAGCCAUUGUUUUAUUCUAGCAAGGCUGGUUGAGGGAGCAAUAUUGGACAGGACUUGGGAUAAUUCCUCUGCCUUUCACGUCCACCUGAGAAGCCAGCCGGGCUCUUGGUUUAUUGGCUCCUGAAAGAUGGAAUAUCUGAUAGUAUGGCACUCGCUCAGUAAUGCACAGUCCUACUCCAGCCAUUGAGUUAAGGCUUUAAGCAAGCAACCUUCUGAAUUGGAGGCAGCAACUGUUCUACCUGCUAGCUGCAUCUAACACAUCAGCAAAGCUGAAGGACAGUAAAACAUGCAUUGAACACCUAACCUUCAUUCCAGAAUCCCUGUAAGACAGAUCAAUGUUGUGUUCCAUUGUUAUAAAGACUUGUAGAGUUCAUUUCUCAAUAAAACCACUGAACAAUACAC